AUGCUCUCGACGCAGCCGGCUUCCACCCUCACCUCCGCCACCGAUCUCGGCGUGGCUGAGGAGAAGCUGGAGAAGUGGCGCGAGCUCGGCGGCGACGACCUGGAGCCGGUCCUCGCGAGCAGCGCCUUCGCCCUCCUCGACGCGCAGUGGAUCAUCAGCCACGCCGAGGCGGGCGGCGUCCUCGCCCACCGCCAGGCGCUGCCCGAGGAGGCCUUCCUCUCCCUUGCCGACCUCGUCGAGGCGACCGGCGAGUGUGCGGGAUCGCUUCCCGUUGCCGCGCUCUCCUACCCGUGGCUGACCAAGGACCACCCCGACCCGCUCGGAGCGAACCUCUCCCGCGUCGCAAGGGCGCUCAAGGCCCUGCUCACAGGCGUUCGUUCCUUCCGGCGGCUCGGCGUGUUCUGGGACUUUGGCUCGCUGCACCAGCACCCCGACCCCAUCAACGGCGUCAUGCGCACCGACGAGCAGAACGCGCUCUUCAAGCAGGGGCUGGACUGCCUCGGCACGCUCUACUCCCACAAGUACACAACCGUGCUGCGGCUGACCUCGGCGGGCCAACACGGCGGCUUCUUCUCUCCUUUGCUGGCCUCGACCACGGGCACCAACGUGGCCGAGUACUUUGACCGCGGUUGGUGCUACACGGAGGCCAGCUGGGCGAGCCUGACGAAGAACGGCGCGCUCUCGCUCGACCUCGGCCGGAUGCGCAACGAGAAGGAGUACGACUGCAGGAGCCUCAUCCGCGAGUGCGUCCAGGGUGGCGGCCGGCGCCCUCCGCUGCUGCCGUCUGCGUUCGCGGUGGAGCUGGAGACGAAGAGCUUCACCAACGGCAAGGACGACAAGCCGCUCGUGAAGCGGCUGUACGAGGCCGCCUUCGAGGAGCAGUUUGAGGCGGCAGCCAGGCUGAGCUACGCCGACCUCGGCUGGGGCGACGCGGAGGCGGUGCAGCUGGCGGAGGUCCUUGCGAGCGGGGCAGUGCCGCGGCUCGAGAGGCUAUAUCUCAACGGCAAUCAGAUUGGCGACGAGGGUUAUAACGCCCUGGCCGCCGCCCUCAAGGAGGGGGCCGCUCCGAGCUUGCAGGCGCAAGAGUGA